CCUUAUCACCUAAACCAAAAACCUGCUGCGGUCUGUGGACUUAGCUAUACCGUUUAAGUGUUAAAAUACUGAAAUUUAAAUAAUUCUAGUGUUCACAUACCUACGUAGUGUUAACUUCAAAAAUUAAUUUUCUAAAUUAAUUCAUCCCUUAAGAAGUAUGAAUCUUACUACUAAAUUUUCGCCUAAAAAAUUGGGUACACAUAGUGGACAGUUUCACUGCGAUGAAGCUUUUGGUUCCUACAUGUUGCGUCUAUUAUAUCCAAGCCUUGAAAUCAUUCGCACAAGGGAUGAAAAACUGUUGGCUGAGUGUGAUAUUGUAAUUGAUGUUGGCGGUGUGUAUGAUCAUAGUAAACGUCGUUAUGAUCAUCAUCAGAAAUCAUUUAAUCAUUCAAUGAGUACUCUUAUGCCUGAUUACAAAUGGACAACAAAAUUUAGUAGUGCCGGCUUAGUGUACUUACAUUAUGGUCAUGAAGUUUUGAAAAAUAUUUUGGAACAAAACGUAUCAGAAAGCAAUUUAAAUAUAAUUUAUGCUAAGGUAUACGAGAACUUUGUGCAAGAAAUUGAUGCUAUUGACAAUGGUAUUUCAAUAUGUGAAGGUAAGACAAAAUAUACUAUACAUACUGACCUAAGUAGUCGAGUUGGGACCUUAAAUAAAAAAUGGAACCAUGUUGGGAAAUUCAAUGAUAUGGAAGCGUUUGAACAAGCAAUGCAAAUGAUAGGUACUGAAUUUAAAGAAACUGUAUUGUAUGCAUAUCACACAUGGUUACCUGCUAGAUCUUUGGUAGUGAGUGCACUUGAUCAAAGAUUCCAAACACAUACUACUGGUCAUAUAUUAGAACUAAGUGAGCCAUGUCCAUGGAAAGAACAUUAUUUUGUUUUGGAAGAAGAACUUGGUGAUGAUCUAAAUCCAAAGAUUGAUUAUAUUAUAUUUAAAGAUAAUUCUAAUGAUACUUGGAGGAUUCAAAGCAUGCCAGUUUCUCCACAAUCAUUUGAACUUCGUAAACCAUUGCCAGAGAGUUGGCGGGGUUUAAGAGAUGAUGAAUUGAGCAAAAUUUCAGGAGUGGAAGGUUGUGUUUUUUGUCAUGCUACUGGAUUUAUUGCCGGUAACAAGACUAGAGACGGUGUAUUAAAUAUGGCUAUAAAAUCUCUUGAAUUAUAAUAAUUUUUACAGUUAAAAAAAUAAAUUGAUAUUUUAUAAAUUGUGUU